CAUCCUUAUCGCCUUCGGUUUGCUUACAUAACGCUGCAACUUCGUAGUUUCAUCUUCCAUUGGGAUUGCAAUUGCAUCGGCGUCCUUCUUCGUCAUUGGAACACUCAUCAAGCUAAGGUUACUUGUAUAGGUACUCAAAACACUUGGCCUGGCCAAAGGAUCUGCAUGGCAAUAGAUAUGCCUAUGUUAUAUCAGUUCCCGGUACCGUUGCCCCUCCUAAAAUAUUUCCAAAGCUCAAGUUCAGUGUCGCAACUGCAAAAUCUCCAUUCAUUCAGAAUCAGCAGUAUGGACAUUUGGCACACCAGAAAAACUUGGGUUAAGGGGUUUCAAGACAAACUUGAUCCACUAACAGUAUGCAAAGUGUCAAGGAGACAACUGUUGGAGUAUACGGGAUUCAAUACAACAGUAUUUUGUGUACUUCCUGCUCUCGCGGCACAACAGCUAGAUGUGAUGGAGCCUGAAUUUAUCAGGACUUGGAAGCUGGACAGUGGUGUGAAAGUUCAAGACAUUGUUGAGGGGCAAGGGCCAGAAGCUCAUGAAGGAGAUACGGUAGAAGUUAAUUAUGUAUGCCGCCGUUCAAAUGGAUACUUUGUUCAUAGCACUUUGGAUUCAUUCAGUGGAGAAAGCACACCUGUGAUACUUACUCUGGACAGCAAACAGAUCAUACAGGGCUUGAAGGAAGUCUUACUUGGCAUGAAGGUUGGAGGGAAGAGGAGAGCAUUGAUACCUCCUUCUGUUGGAUACAUAAAUGAAAACUUGAAACCAAUCCCUGAUGAGUUUGGCCCUCGACGUAGCCUUCUUUCUCAUGCAAAUGAGCCUUUGGUAUUUGAAGUGCAGCUCCUGAAGGUACUAUGAGUUCAUCUCAUGGUUUUUUAUGGUCAAAUUUAAAAUUCCUGAUGAUUUCUUAUAUGGUGCUGUUUGAUUUUAGCCCAAAGGCUAAUAUUUCAUAUUAAGAAAUGAAGCUUUUCAUUAAAUUCCAGUUUGAGAUGUAUCCUCUUAUUGGUUUGUACUCAAAACUGUAUCUGUUUCUAGUUUAUUUCUCCUUGUAGUUAACAGAAGUGGCAUUAG